AUGCGGGUUGGAGGUUGGGGCAGUCUCACUGUUUUGGUCGACGUAUUGUUUUGGUGGGCUCGUGGGAUUCAAUUUUUGGGAAUAAAUAAGUCAGAUUGUUCGAGAAUUACCCGAGAUGGAUCCUGCAUUAUUGAGGGAGCGGGAGCUCUUCAAGAAGAGAGCUAUAUCAACACCUGUCAUUGAAAAAAAGAAAAGAGAGCCUGAGAAAGAGCCCAGUCGAGAUGAACCGAGUAAGAAGAAACCGAAAGUCUCAUCGGUGUCAAGUGCCCCAAAACUCGACAAUGUCACCUACAAAACAAUGCCUGGUAGCUCACAGUAUAAGUUUGGGGUACUGGCAAAAAUCGUUAAACAUAUGAAAACGAGGCAUCAAGAGGGGGACGACCACCCUUUGUCAUUAGAUGAUAUUCUGGAUGAGACGAAUCAGUUGGACGUGGGCUCUAAAGUCAAACAAUGGUUGGCAACUGAAGCUCUCAUUCAAAACCCAAAAAUCGAUGUGGUUGAUAACAAAUUCGUAUUCAGACCAACGUACAAAAUCAGGGACAAAAAAUCGUUAUUGAGACUUUUGAAGCAACAGGAUUUGAAGGGACUUGGUGGAAUAUUGUUGGAUGAUAUUCAGGAGAGUUUACCUCACUGUGACAAAGCCCUGAAGCACUUGCAACACGAGAUUCUCUUCAUAGUUCGACCCCUCGACAAGAAGAAAAUAGUAUUUUACAACGAUAAAACAGCUCAAUUACCAAUCGACGAGGAAUUCCAGAAGCUCUGGCGUGCAGUGGCUGUAGAUGCAAUGGACGAUCAGAAGAUCGAUGAAUACUUGGAGAAACAGGGUAUAAGAUCGAUGCAGGAUCAUGGACCAAAGAAACCAGCCCCAAUAAAACGAAAGAAACCAAGUAACAAACGAAAGAAUCUCAAGAAACCCAGGGACAACGAGCAUUUGGCUGACGUACUAGAGACGUACGAUGAGAAUAAGUGAACGGUGAACCGUGAAACCAUCCGCAUAAGUGAAUUAAUUCAUCUAGGAAAUUGAACUCGUUUAAAUAAAUAUAUAAUUUUUAUAAUCACAAGUUAUUCAUAAGUACAAAAUAAAUAUAAUUUUUCUCAUAUCUCAGGGGCUUAAUAAUAAACUUGGUGAAUUCAGAUACAAAAAUCAUCAAUCCUUUGGCAAUUACAGAUGACCAUUAGUCUAUCAGUAGAAAAAUCUUAUUCCUGUACAUAAAAAAAGUAAUUCAUUGA